AUGGUGGUGAGGUCUGGUAUGGGUACCUUUAUCUGCGGGGCCCAAUGUUCGGUCAAGCAUAGUCCCUAUAAAUUUAAUAACGACAGGCUAGUAAGUUACCCCUAUAUCCGGUCCUGCGCAGUCAAGGCUCUUUCCGGGUUAUUCGUGCAAAUAUACGUGCUAAAAGACUUCGGUAAAGGCGGCUAUAGUAAUUAUACUAUUAGCGCGGGCUCGUCUAGUUACUCGUUAGCCGAAGUUAACGAAACCCCGCGCUCGAAUAAACGUAAACGUGUUACCGAAGAUCCCCCCGCCGGUAAAAAUAAGACCUUAAUAACGCUUAACCUCGAGGGCAUCCCCACGCGCUAUAUUACGCGCCUUAGAAGGGCGCUAAUCGCGGCCGCUAAGGAGAAUAUCCUAGUAGGCGACGAUAACGAGGAUCUUCUAGAGGAUAACUAG